UUUUUUUCGUCUGGCCGAAACUCGCCGGGCUGCUUGCUGUUUAUUGAACGCCUGAGGCGAUGCCAUGUCAAUACGCAGCUGUUAGGACCAGCCUCGGAGGCGUAGCUCUUCUGAGUAUCAGCAAGUGCAGAACAAGGAGCAGGAUUCAUUUAAGGAGGCGGAGGGUGUAGCGCGCAGAAGUUUCCUGCAGUGGAGUUGAAGUUAUCCUUCAGCAUCAAAACGAAGCGAAAACAAAUCUGUUCUUUAAAAGAAGAUACUUCAGGAGGAAUCAAAAACAGGAUCUAUCCCAGAGGUGGUGUGUGUUACCUCCCAGUGGUCUGUGGUCUUCUCCCAGUGCUGCAAAAAUGAGCCUGAGCACCAGUGAGCUGGAGGACCUGUGGGAGUCGUGGGGGGACCUCAACUUCUCCGACGCCUUUAGCAACAUAUCGAGUGUGGAUGCAAUGGUGUGUGCCACGGCGUUCAACCGCAGUGCUCUGCUCUACUCCAUGUGUGUCCUCUACACUUUUAUCUUCAUUGUCGGUCUGGCUGCUAACACUCUAGUCCUCUGGGUAAACAUCCGUGCACAAAGAGACUCCACCCCUCGCCAUGAGACACACAUGUACAUCGCUCACCUGGCAGUUGCAGACCUGUGUGUGUGCGUCACCCUGCCUGUGUGGGUGAGCUCACUGGCCCAGCAUGGCCACUGGCCCUUUGGUGAGGGGGCAUGUAAACUCACACACCUGCUGUUCUCUGUCAACCUCUUCAGCAGCAUCUUCUUCCUGGCCUGCAUGAGUGUUGACAGUUACUUAAGUGUGACGAAGCACGGUGACAAUGAGGGAGGCGUGCGCAGGAAGCUAAUCCGCCGUGGAGCGUGUGUAGGGGUGUGGCUUCUGGCUCUGGUCGCCUCCCUACCAGACACCUACUUCCUGCGUACAGUGAAGUCAACACAUGGGGACACCAUGCUGUGCAGGCCUGUGUACCCAGAGGAAAACCCCAGGGAGUGGAUGGUGGGCGUGCAGCUGAGCUUCAUCCUGCUGGGCUUUGUUCUCCCCUUCCCUGUCAUUGCAGUGUUUUACGCUCUGCUAGCCAGUGUUUUCACUCGCUCCUCUUCUUCUUCAUCGUCUUCCACAGUGGAGCAGGAGCAUCGUGUGAGCCGCAGGGUAAUCCUGGCCUACAUCGUGGUGUUUCUGGGCUGCUGGGGGCCCUACCACAGCGUCCUCCUGGUUGAUGCUCUGUCUCAGCUGGGCCUGGUGACUCUGACCUGUGGCCUGGAGAAUGUGAUCUACGUGGCCUUACACCUCACCCAGUGCCUGUCCUUGCUCCACUGCUGUUUUAACCCCAUCCUCUACAACUUCAUCAACAGAAACUACCGCUAUGACCUCAUGAAGGCCUUCAUCUUUAAAUACUCCACGAGGACGGGCUUGGCGCGCCUCAUCGAGGCUUCCAACAUGUCUGAGACUGAGUACUCUGCUGUAGCUGUAGAAAAUCCACCACAGAUCUGAAACUUACAAAACUCAAUUAACAUUUCUUGAACACUGUUUUUAAAUCUAAAUGGCUUUAAUGCAAUAUAAACUUAUGUUACAACUGAUGUGUUCUUAUCAGAAUCUGCCUGCUAUCAGCAUUGUGUUUGACAUUAGAUGAUAGUGAAGAGAGAAAAAAGCCAAUCAGCAUCUUUUUUACAGAAAUCUGUUUGUGUCAUGUAGAAAAGCUGGCUAAUAUCAGCUUUGAUGGACUGAUUUAAAAGCACUUAGAAAGCAAGUUUUAUUAUAAAAGCUGAUACUGAAAUCAUAUGAAUAUAGUCACUUCUUUGAUAAGCCAAAACAGUGACCAUAAAUAUCUAAAAUCAUUGCCUGUACUGUGUAUGUAGGAUGUUAUUGUGUGUGUGUUUGUGUGGGUUGUGUGCAUAAUCUGACAGGCAUUAGAUAUUGUUAGUAUCAGUAGAGUAAUACUGUUAAUCUUUUUGUAUCAAGUUAUAUUUAUAUACUGUACAUUUGAACUAUUUUGCCUCUUUCAUAUUGUAAUUCAAAGUCUUCACACACUGAUGUCUGCUCAGUGCUCCACUUCAUACAAUGCUGCCUCAUCAUGUUAGUCGAGCCACUGACUGGCUCAGUGUUUUAGUCCUGCUGUCUCAUUGUUAAUCAUAACCUUGUGGCACAUCAGUUGAAUCCUUCAGACAAGUAAUGUAAAUCAGUUUUGAGUUCUUUCAUGCGACUAAGGUUUGUAAAUUGUCUAAACAAGUGUGUGGUCUGUGUUUCAUAGUUAAAGGAAUAUUUUGACUUUUUGUGGAAAUACACUUUUUUUUGUUGCUAAAGUUAGAUGAGAAGAUUGAUACCACUCUCAUGUCUGUACACUAAAUAUGAAGCUACAGCCAGUUGCUAAGCUUAACUUAGCAUAAAGACUGGAAACAGGGGGAAACAACCAGCCUGGCUCUGUAUGCAGGCAAAAAAUCUGCUUACCAGCCCCUCCAAAGCUCACUAAAUAACACAUUAGAUCUUGUUUCUUUAAUCUGUACAAAAACCAAAGUGUAAAAACGAACAAUUGUGGUUUUUACAGGAAAUUAUGUGCUGGACUAUGCCGGACAUGAGAGUGGUACUGUAUCAACCUUCUCAUCUAACACUCUGCAAGAAAGCAAAUAAGUGUAUUUCCCAAAAUGUCCAAUUAUUCCUUUAAAGAAAGCUGAGGUGUUGUGCUUACAAAUGAUUUACAUCGUCCAAUGGACAAUUAUUGACUUCUCAGUUUUCUUUUGGUUCAAAAUAUUUCCAAACUUUGCCUGGAGGUUUCAACUGGCUCGACUACUGAGCUUAAAGAGCAGAUAGAUGUAGCGCCUGUCUCUUCUGAAACAUACAGCAUUACGUAAUAUACUGUAGUGUCACUAUAUUUUGCGUUAGUGCUAACAGGAUGGGAAAGGAUGCACAUAUCCAUGUGGUCUGUGUCAGCACACAGGCCACAGACAGCUAAAACAUUUAUGACCAAAUAACAUGAAUGAAUAGCUUUACUAGUUUCAUGUAGGCAGCAGCUGUGGUGUGCAACAACCAAGUGUUUAUUAGGGACCAAAUAACAAAAAACAUCACUGCAUUAAUUUAGAGUGUGUGUGUGUGUGUGUGUGUGUGUGUGUGUGUGUGUGUGUGUGUGUGUGUGUUGUUUGCCACAGCUUGACACCAAGAGAUGAUGAUGUAUGUGUCACAAACCUUGAAUUAUACAGUAUACUCACUGUCUGUUGUAGGAAAAAACAUAUUCUUUUGAUAUGCUGACAUAGAGCGCAUUGUGUCAUGUGAUUGGUUACACAUGUAUGCUUUUACACUGAAAAGAUUUCAUCGUUGCAAAUAGAAAAGACUGGAGACACGGACAUGUGUCUACAAGAACAAGGCAUUCCUUUGGUAUUGUAAUGUGUAACAUGUGUUUUGUUAUAUAUUAAAUACAGAUAAAAUG